AUAUUUCUUAUUCAGAUUUUAAGCUUUCCUUUCUGCAGCAACGUGUGGCCUUUUAUGGAUGACCAACUCAAAUCUUGCGCAGGAUCAAAGGCGAUCUUAAACUUUGAAUAAGAAAAAUGGUAGGUCUUCAACCCUCAGACGUUCCUCCUCCACUGGGGGUGAAGAUGGCGAGUGCUGGACUUGCAGCCUGCGUGGCCGAUGGGAUCACGUUUCCUCUGGACACAGCCAAAGUCAGGCUCCAGAUUCAGGGAGAGAAGGCGGCAGUGGAAGCGACCAAAAACAUCCGGUACCGAGGCGUGUUCGGGACCAUCAGCACCAUGAUCCGAACAGAGGGGCCCAGAGCUCUGUAUAACGGUCUGGUUGCCGGCCUGCAGAGACAAAUGUGCUUCGCCUCUGUCAGAAUUGGCCUCUAUGACAAUGUCAAAAAUUUCUACACUGGCGGAAAGGACAGCCCGGGCGUACUGGUACGUAUCCUGGCUGGCUGCACUACAGGUGCCAUGGCAGUGUCAUUUGCACAACCCACAGAUGUGGUCAAAGUUAGAUUCCAAGCUCAGAUCAAUCUGGAUGGGGUGGCUCGACGCUACAGCGGAACUAUGCAAGCAUACAAGCACAUCUUUCAGAAUGAGGGAUUACGUGGCCUCUGGAAAGGAACACUUCCAAACAUCACGAGAAAUGCACUGGUUAACUGCACAGAGCUGGUUACCUAUGACCUCAUCAAGGAGGCCAUCCUGAGACACAAACUGAUGUCAGACAAUCUGCCAUGCCACUUUGUGUCUGCAUUCGGAGCUGGAUUUGUUACCACGGUAAUUGCUUCCCCAGUGGAUGUGGUGAAAACCAGGUACAUGAACUCACCACCAGGCCUAUACAAGAGUGCCAUCAACUGUGCCUGGAUCAUGAUGACAAAAGAAGGGCCAACAGCUUUCUACAAAGGAUUUAUGCCUUCAUUUCUGAGAUUGGGAUCAUGGAAUAUUGUGAUGUUUGUGACAUUUGAGCAAAUCAAGCGGGCCAUGAUGAUCACCAAGAAGAGGACUGAAAUACCUGAAAUUCCUGUUUCAAGAUUUGACUGAAAAUGCUGCGCCACCAAUGGGAUCGAGCACUGAUGACAAAAGCAAGUUAACAAAUCAUGUUUUCAGGUUUAUGCAAAGGUCUUCCAGUCCUGUGGUGAGGAACACAAAAAUCCUUUGUUUCAAAGGGAAUGCUGGACUGUCACUUGUAUUUUACUGCAAUGUGAAUUGAUCAGUGUGCAAACAUUACAAGCACAAUGUGUGUAAACGGUUUGCCGACUACGACAUAAGAAGAAAUGUUUUAGUCUUUAUGUAUUUAAGAUUUAUAUUAAAGAAACUCAUUGUUAAGUAUUGGUGGAGUAAAUGGUACGUUAUUAACUUUAACAUGCUCCUUUCAGAGGUUUA